AUGUCGAACGAAGGUGAAGAAGAUCUCUUGGAAUACUCUGACAACGAGCAGGAAAUCCAGGUCGAGGCUUCCAAAGCUGCAGAAGCUGGUUCCGGAGACGCCAAAGAGGCCGGCGAAAACGGCGGCGAAACUGGCGACAAGAAGGGCUCCUACGUGGGUAUCCACUCUACUGGUUUCAAGGACUUCUUGCUAAAACCUGAGCUAUCCAGAGCUAUCAUCGAUUGUGGUUUCGAACAUCCCUCUGAAGUCCAGCAACACACUAUUCCGCAAUCCAUUCACGGUACAGAUGUGCUAUGCCAAGCCAAGUCUGGUUUGGGUAAAACCGCGGUCUUCGUGCUUUCAACAUUGCAACAACUCGACCCUGUUCCAGGUGAGGUCUCUGUCGUGGUCAUCUGUAACGCCAGAGAGUUGGCAUACCAAAUCCGUAAUGAAUACCUCAGAUUUUCCAAAUAUAUGCCAGACGUGAAAACGGCUGUGUUCUACGGUGGUACCCCAAUUGACAAGGACGCCGAGCUCCUGAAAAACAAGGAAACUGCUCCACACAUCGUGGUGGCCACUCCAGGCCGUUUGAAGGCUCUUGUCAGGGACAAGUUGAUCGAUCUAUCCACGGUUAAGAACUUUGUCGUCGACGAAUGUGACAAGGUUUUGGAGGAACUAGGAAUGCGCAAGGACGUUCAGGAUAUCUUCAGAGCGACCCCAAGAGACAAGCAGGUGAUGAUGUUUUCUGCUACGCUUUCCCAAGAAAUGAGACCUAUCUGCAGAAGAUUCUUGCAAAACCCGCUCGAAAUUUUUGUUGACGAUGAGGCUAAGUUAACUCUGCAUGGUCUACAGCAGUACUACAUCAAGCUAGAGGAGCGCGAAAAGAACCGCAAGCUUGCGCAGCUUUUGGACGAUUUGGAGUUCAACCAGGUCAUCAUUUUCGUGAAAUCUACCAACAGAGCCAAUGAAUUGACCAAACUUUUGAACGCUUCUAAUUUCCCUGCCAUUACCGUCCACGGUGGUAUGAAACAAGAAGAGCGUAUUGCUCGCUACAAGGCCUUCAAAGAUUUCGAGAAACGUAUUUGUGUUUCGACAGAUGUGUUUGGUAGAGGUAUUGAUAUCGAGCGUAUCAACCUCGCCAUCAACUACGAUUUGCCAAAUGAAGCCGACCAGUACUUGCAUCGUGUUGGUAGAGCCGGUAGAUUCGGUACCAAGGGUCUAGCCAUCUCCUUCGUGGCGACUAGCGAAGACGAAGAAAUCUUGGCCAAGAUUCAAGACAGAUUCGAUGUUAAGGUCGCUGAAUUCCCAGAAGAGGGUGUCGACCCAUCCACUUAUUUGAACACUUAA